GCAAUUGAGCACCACCCUCGUUUCUGUUGAAUUUCUCAGAGCUCCACUGAAACUUUUUUCUAUUUCUUCUGUCUGCUUGAAGAAAAAUCGUAACCCUAGAUCUAGAAUCAUAAUGGCGUCAAGAAUUGCUGCAAGGUAUGUUUCACGAAGGAUGUCAAGUGGUGGAAGAGUUUUAGGCGAGGAGGAAAGAGCAGCUGAAAAUAUCUACAUUAAGAAAAUGGAGAAAGAGAAGCUGGAGAAGCUUGCACGCAAGGGCCCUGAAAAUGCAACCCCAUCGGCUCCCGUAUCUGAAGCAACUACUGCAGCUUCCACACCAAGUGCUGCAGCUUCCUCAACUUCGAAGACAUCAACUGACAAGAACCGAAACUAUGGAGUUAUUGCUGGUGUUGUAGCUGGACUCGGUGGUCUAGGUUGGUAUCUCAUGGCAAGUUCCAAGAAGCCAGAAGCUCAAGAGCAGGACUAAGGAUAGUGUUACACCUAGGAGGAAACAGUUAGAAAGCAUGCUUCCCUCAUUUUCUGAACUUUUUGUGGAUAUGGAAAAUCUGAUGUCACUUUCACCGCACAAAUUUUAUUUUGAUGAUGUUUCCCUCAUUUUCUGAACUAAUUUUGAGGAAAAGGAAAUCCUGAUUUCAGUAUGGAAUUAUGUCUGUUUCGCUGCAUACAUUUUCA